AUGAAGCGCACCACAGCAAUCCGUCGAUGGCACGGAGGUCUGUACGCAGCCCAUCCUCCUUCCUUUGCCAACCGUCCCGACAUUGAGUACGGGAACAAGAUCAUCUUGGGCAGCGAGGUGUUGGGGCGGCUGGGAGGGCUCGUGGAAGAGGCCAGCCCUCUGCUCUUCCAGGUGGCCAGCUUCUCCUCCCCCAUGCUCACGGCCUUUGCUGGGGUGGCCGACUUCACUGCGCCCCACAGUUCGGUGGUGGUUCUCCCGCGCUGGAUGAUGGACAGCCUCGAGCUGAAGGACGGAGACGAAGUGCGAAUCAACUUGGCCGCGCCGCCGCUGCCUCAAGGCACGUUCGUGCGCCUGCGACCAAGCGACGGCGCGUGGGGCGCUCUCGAGAAUCCCAAGGCCGUGCUGGAGGAACACCUCUCCUACCAUUACUGCAGUCUCACGCAAGGCACGGACGUGUGGAUUCGGUGGCAGGACGUCGUUCACCGGCUGCAUGUGGAAGAGUGCCAGCCGGCCGAAUCCAUUCAAAUCGUCGAAGUGCGGCUCGAAGUCGACCUGCUGCCCGCUCCCCACUCCGGUCGAGAGGCAGACCGCGUGUGCGACUUGCAACUGGACAGCCCGCACGAAGCCACAGUAGAGGCCAACCACUACACGCACUUUCGAUUUGCGCCGCCUGACUCGCUUGAUCGGAUGGACCUGCGGGUCGUGGUGGAGGGUAUUGAGGGAGACCCGGACGUGUACGCGAGUCUCGUGAGCAAGCAGCCCACCCUGGCGGAUCACGAGUGGAUGGCCGCCGACACGGGGAGCGUGCAGCUGACGAUACCACCCAGCAGCGACAACGGACGACGAGGGGUGGUCUACGUCGGCGUCAACGGAUACAAGGCCCCCGCACGGUUCCGCAUCACGAUCACUGCACACCCUCAUCAGGAGCCAUCCGGGCUGCCAGAUGAAACUGCAGCGAGCGAGGCGAAGCGCUGUUCCAAUUGCUUUGAGCGGCACGAGGCCUUCUGUCAGCGCGCCAACUACCGCUGCACCGUGCCCGGGUGCGGUCAGGUGAUGCCUCUCGGGGAGAUGGCCAAGCACGCUGACCUGCGACACUCACCCCUGGCGUGCAUGUGCGGCGCCGAGCUGGCACUCGAUGACUUGCGAACGCACAAGCGACGCGAAUGUCCGCAGCGGUAA